CAUACGGCGUCGUUGCCAGCUCAUUUUUCAUGGAUUUUUCAUAGAUCUGACUAACCUCACUUGCACGCCCUCAGUUAAACUGAAAAGGCUGUGACUUUCUGACGUACUUCAUUGCAUUUGCCCCCGUUAGACCGACCAUGGAGUCACCGACGUCCUCGUCCUUCGCUGGCCAGAAGCGUAAAAUCGUCGAUAUGAGCUCAGAUGAGGAAGAUGCUCGCGCUGCUACAGGCUUUCGCGGCUUUGCGAAAGCUUCCUCUCGCUCCGAAUCGCCUCCUUCUUUCGGCCUGGGAAGUGCUCGUCUCAGCCACCACUGCCCCCGAGGCGGAAACGCCAAUACCAGCAAACCCACCACCGGCGGAGGGAAUUCUUUUGCUGCGCGUAUGAUGGCUAAGAUGGGUUACAAAGAAGGGCAAGGUUUGGGUGCGAGUGGACAGGGUAUCGUCACCCCGAUCGAGGCGCAAGCGCGACCGACGGGCGCUGGGUUGGGUGCCGCUCGAGAGGAGGAGAAGCGACAAGCAGCUGCCCGAGGUGAAGUUGUCGAAGACAGUUCAGAUGAAGAACGGAGGAGACGACGGAAAAAGAAGGAAGAACGUCAACGGGAGAGCAGGACGAAACCUCGGUUUAGAACCGCACGCGAAAUUGAGGCAGAUAUGGAUGGUCUGGAGGUGCCAAACGAACAGCGAGUUCUGACCUCCACAGCCGGCCUGAUGACUCCUUUGGAGUUUGCGUUGAAGAUCGCACGACGAGCGCGUCAUGACCUCGAAGCGUUUGCCGAUGAAUGGAAAGGAUUAACGGAACGAAAGAAGUUUGCUGAGUUGGAGGAAGCUCAGAUCCUCAAGACGGAUCAACUCACGGACCUUAUCACUGCUAUCGGGCAGCUGGAGAUUUUCGAAGAAGACAGUACGCUUGCACGGUUCGACGAAUUGACCAGCAAGCUCGAAUCGAUAGAGAUGAAGUACCGAAGCGAGAUCGACGAGUAUCGACUAUCAGAGACGGCGGUCGCUGCUAUUCACCCGCUCUUCCGCCAAGCGAUGGAGGAUUGGGAUCCUCUUCAAGAGCCGACAUUCCUUCCCCUUCUCGGCAGGAAGAAAAAUGACGAGGCCGUGUCAAGGCCAGCGACGUCGCCAUACGAAACCAUGAUCUACACUCUUUGGCUCCCCCGAGUCCGCUCUGCGCUCAUUAACGACUGGGAUGUGUUCGACCCGUCCCCUGCCACAUCACUGAUCGUAUCCUGGAAAGAGAUCCUACCGAACUUUGUGUUCGCAAACGUGCUCGACCAGCUCGUCGUUCCCAAACUCAGCGGCGGCCUGAAAGACAGGCGUCAUCCCUCUUCCCAGCAGGGCUCACGCUCUCCAUGGUGGCUCUUCACUUGGCUCCAAUACUUGGACGAACGCCACACGAAUCCGAGACAAGCCACGGGUCUCCUUUCAGACGCGAAAAAGAAGUUCCAGGAGAUCCUGCGUUCGUGGGAUCUCAGUAAGGGUCUGAUAAGUGGGUCCGAGUUCGAUGUGAGCCUACGUAACCACUUGCUGCCUCGUCUUGCGCGUCACCUGCAGAAGGACUUCGAGGAUAUCCUUAAGUGGAAAGGAUUCUUCAGGCCCAACGUUCUUGGUCUUCUUUUGGUGGCAGAGUUCUUCCCUAAAUGGCACGAAACCCUAUACUUCUGGCUUACCCAUGACCCCAACUUCGAAGAGAUCCCCGCAGAGAUCAACGAGCUCGCCGUCGUCGACGACGAAUGGAACAAAGGUCUCCAACAAAUGGACCUUGCGUCCCGCCUGGACGACCCCGCCACCGAGCUGCCAGUCCCCACCGUCGCAGCGCAACCGGCUCCCCACAAGACGCGCUUGCCCCGCCUCGCAAGCCCAAGGAUAUUCUCGAAUCGUGCGCAUCCCCAGAACGGCCAGCCCCUGUUCCGCAUCACGGCCAGCGCCACCGGGAAGGGCGGAGUUGUCGCGUUUGUACAGGGAGAUGUCGUCUGGGUUCAAAACAAGAAAGCAAAGGAUAUAUGGGAACCUAUGGGUCUGGAGGACCGGCUUGUGGAGCGUGCCGAGGGCAAGUGACAUAUCAGUCUUUGUCUCAGGUACUCUGGGCUUCUCUGGAGCCUCUGUUUCUGCGCGUUCAUCUGGGAAAUUGAUGAUACCCAUGUUUACUUUAUUUGCUCUAUGAUAAAUUUUUACUCCACAUAUGUGAUGAAACGAAAGCUUCGUCUGACCACGACUAUAUGAAUCUAAGCUUGCCCUUCAGGCACGUUCACUAGGAGACAUUGCAUGUUAGUUUGAGACACA